AGUAAAUGAUUUUGAGAUCUCUAAUAUAAAAGCAUGCUUGAUUAAAAUAGUAUGGUUCUCUGCCUGAUUUUAAAACAUUCAUUUGUGUUUUUAAAACGUAGCAGCUUUUUAUCGUUAUCGAUUUUUCGAUUCGAAAAUAUGGUCACCCCAAGCUUUUAUUGUAUUUAUUCCAUUGCACUAUCUGGUCACACUUGCACAUGCUGAUGCUCAGCGUUUUGUAAAAAUUAUAUAUCAAACUUCUUGUAACAAAACAAGGACGUUGCAAACUGUUCAAACUUUAAAGCUACACUUUGCUGGAAACGCAGCAAACGGGGCGUGACGAAUAAAAAGGUUAUAACGCUUGUCAAUUCCCUGAAAGUGCAGCGCCAGUGUGUAAAAUGCAAUAAUCACUGCCAUGAAAAAGGCCAAGGGAUCAAGCUCCCUUGGAUCGAAGGGAUUAUCCCGGGGUCUAUCUUCAUCAAUUCCGGUAGUCAAAGGAUCGUCGGGUUCGGCCGUAACAAUACAACAGGAUGCCAAGCAGCAUCAACCGGAAAGUAAUAAUAAGGCUGCGAAGGAAUCUUCGGUGAAGAAAAAGGAUGAUCUUUUGACAGUAGAACUUCUGGAUAAUAAGUCCACUACCAUCCCAGCCAUCGACAAGCUGCGAAGAUUCUGUUUUAUUGGCAGCACGGACGAGCCCGUCUAUGCUACCCCAACGCUAGACCUCGUCGUUGAGAACAGCUUGGCAUCGCUGAAAGAUCUGUGCUCCAAAGUUAACGCUGCCGAACUGGCCGAGUGCCUGGCUAGUGUCCUUGGAAGUGGUCCAAAUGCAGAGCACCUACCCCGACCCGACGAGCCGCUCCUUAUCUUGGCCGUCUUUCUCACUACGCGCGACGACGAUAGGCAACGCAAAUCGGUGCGGAAUAGGUUUCCUGAUUUGAUAACCUGUGAUUCGGAUCUACUAUUGUUCAUUCAACUGGUAAAGCGAGUACAGAAAUUGCUCGAUCGUAAGACGCCCUUCAAUCGCACGGUGCGCAAGGCCAUCCUUGAUUGGUAUGGCAAGCAAUCGCUUGACCGACUUCUACAUAUGUGGUCGCUGGGCGAUGGAAAUCGUUGGUCAGCGCAUCGCGAUUUGCUACACCGCUGUCACUUUCAUGAUGCUGAUUUUAAGCCGGAAAUCAUGGCUGCAUUAAAGCUUCUGUCAUCGCCGCCGAAGGAGUUAUCGUCAUGGCCAAUUUUUCUCACUCCCCUUAGCAACUGUCGCGGAAUUAUCGAGGGAGUGGUGAAGCUCCGACUUAUGCAAGAUCCCGAACAAGCUCUGCCUAUCGUUAAAAAAUUGUCGCUGAGCUGGGAGCAUGUGCCGCUUCAGCUGUUUAACGAUUCCGGACUAGCUAAGUUCCUUAUACCACGCAUGAGCUACGAUCAGCUGCUCAAGUGUUGGCCACGCCUCUUGCGAUUGCACUACCAAGUACGUCCCUUUGCUGAACAACUGAUGGACGAGAAGAAGUUGAGGGCGGGAAACGUGUCGCCAGUGCGUCUGCUGUUGGAGGACAUGCGUCUGAAGAAGCCCAAGAAGUUGUGUGCAACUAUGUUGCGAAAGGCAAGUUUUCUACAUAAUGUUUACGAGCUAUCCUUUGGCAAGAAUAAGGCGCUUGGGAGACGUCUGCACAUCACCCUUAACCUGGAGCAGCUCUACCUAGGCAAAUAUCUUUCCGGUCGCUGCCGUUCGAUAAAAUAUUUAGAUGCCCUGGUGGCAUUGGCCUUUGGCUAUUUCUGCAGUGAUCCCAAGGUGACGGUGCAGUUCUGGCAUGAUCGCAGUGGCCAGCUUAAGACGUUGCCCUGGACAAAAGAAAUGAGUGUGGCCGAGGCCACGGCCUGUUGUGAGAAUCAAAAGGUGCUCAAAAUCAAGCAGUCGCUGACGGAUAUUUUGAACAGAGCUUUAGAGGAUGAGGCCAACACGUACGAUGUGUUUUUGGUGCUGGUUCCGGGUGCCGCACGAGGAAAUCUGGGAAAUUCUUCAGAGCGCUUGGCUAAACUAAUGGAUGAGUACCGUGAGAAGCGGAGCUCCAAUGCAAAGUUCAUAAUGGUAAGUCUGCGCCAGCACCAUCGUUCCAUGAACUAUUCCGACAGUCGAAACGAGAACUUGUUGGAGCUGUGCAGCCUGGACGAGCACACGCCUCGACUGAUUAACGCCUUUGCUCGCAAAAAGUUCUACUAAAGGAGCAGCCUUUUGAAUCAGCGACGACGACCCAAAUAAUCGCACAGCUGCAUCUUAAAGCAGUUCCAUUUGUUGAAGGACGGUGGCCAUCGGUUCGUUGCCAUCGGCCAUCUCUCUCGCUUUCAUAGAUGCUAGGGCGCUCGGUCCACCCACUCCAGUUCCGAAUAGCUUUCAUGUAACAUAAUAUAGGUCCUUGGUGAGUAACCGUCGUAUACCCGGGCCAACUUAAUUCUACAUACUUAUAUGUACUAAUAAUGGUAAUAGUUACACCCCCGGAAUCCACAAUUGCAAUCGGGUUAGUUAGAUAUUUUUAACGCUCGUUUUGUGUAAUCACCUUUGUAUUCGUAUUUGUAUUUGUACUAGAUUUGGUGGAUUUAUUUUUUGAAAUCAAACUGAAUCAACUGAACUGAACUCAAUCUAAAUUCAAUUUGGAUUAAAAACAAU